AUGAAUUUUCUAUCUAUCUUUCUUCAUAGAAAGCGACAUGUGAACACAAUGACUAAGAUCAGCUACUGGAUGACUGUGCAUCUGUUCGAGUGGCUCAACGCUUCUGGACACAUCCAUGUCCUCAAAUCUCCUGAGAAAAUAAAGCACAAUGGCAACUUAGACGGCAUUGCCAAGGAGCUAUAUUUUGGCUACAGCGAUUUUUCUGGAUCCUUAUUAGUGCCGAUAAAAGAGCAUUUGCCAGCUAUAACAUACAUUACGUCACCGGCGGCAGCAGACGCAUAUGUGAUUCUCAAAAAGCCAUCGUUGGCUUCGGUAGGCAAUAUCUACACACUGCCCUUCAGUAUCGGAGUAUGGAUUGCAUUGGCUCUACUGAUAGUUGUAUCAUCGCUUACUUUAUGCUUUACCUCUUCUAGGGAGGAAGAACUGUUAAACAGGAAUGCCACAUCGACGUUAUCCCAAAAGAUAUCGCAGGGUUUUCAUGAUACUCUAUGCAUGGUAUUCCAACAAGGCACGGCUGAUGAUCCAGUGUCUUUAAGUAGCCGUGAGAUCCUGUUCCUCGGCUUGUUAUCCUUCAUGUUUCUCUUCACUGCGUAUUCGGCCAACAUAGUGGCGCUUCUGCAGUCAGCCACGAAUGACAUCAACAGCGUGGAGAGGUUAUUGAACUCGCCAUUGACUUGCGGCACUCAGGAUACGGAGUUUAACAGGGUCAUGUUUGAGGAAGAAGACCGUCCAGUUUAUCGAUCGUUUUGGUUGAAAAAGGCAGUGCCGCAAGGAGACCAAUUCUUUCUGAGUGUUGAAGAAGGCAUACGACGAAUGAGAGAGGGCAUGUACGCAUUUGUUGUAGACCCGACCGCCGGCAACGACCAAGUCAAAGCCACAUUCUAUGAGCUGGAGAAAUGUAAUAUCGGCACCUUCAAAUACACACAGUCUAUUAGACCUCACAUCGGGGUAGCUCGACACUCCCGGCUUAAGGAGAUACUGAGGAUUGGAGUGCUCCGUAUAAUCGAGUCCGGAGUACAAUCACGAUCGUCGCGGCGCGUGCUCUCCUCCAUCCCCCCGUGCGGGGUGGGCACGGCCAUGUUCACUGCGGUCAGCCUCACUCAUGUAGCCCCCGCGUACAGGUGGAUAGCCACCCUGUAUGUCAUCGCUGUGGGGCUUUUAGGGGUGGAGAUUGCUGUGUAUAGGCGUAGUAGGGGAUGAGUGAAUUGAGUUUUUUGUUUUGUACCGCGUGGGUUUAGAACUUUGAGCGUAAAAUAUUAGUGUUAUACGUUUAACUUGUGGUGCCGUGUGGCGAAAC